CCAAAACGUAAUUUUCCAUCGAUAUUUUGAUGACUUAUAUGCAAAAAAAAUUAAAUUUAGGUAUUAAAUAUGCAUAUCUAUUAAGUUUGGGUACCAAACUGUAAUUUGUAUUUGGGCAUGGGUACAAAUCCAAAUCCAUUUGAUAUAAACCCAACUCAACCCAAAGUAAAUGGGUAUGGGUUGGAUAGUAAGAAACCCAUGGGUAUGGGCAAAGUUGCCAUCCCUACUUGAUGUUGUUGUGUUGGUGGCGGAGGUACUUGUUGAGCUCAAGGCGAUUGACUGGAGUCUUCAAUUAAUGGAAGGGGAGGCUAUGAGACAGGCGAUCUUUGAUUCGGAUUGCAGAAAUGCGAUUAAGAAGCUGUUGAGGAUGGAGGCAAAGAGGACUGAGAUUGAAAAUCGGGUGAAAGAGAUCCGGGAUGCAGCAAGUUGAUUGGGGCCGAUCAAGUGACAAUUUGCCAAGCGAACUUGUAACUGGGGCGGCCCAUACCAUAGUGAAAUGCCGUUAAAAUCGCGCUUUAAAACUUAAAAGUUUACGUUUUUACCCUUUUAGGUUACCAAAACGCUUCUACGUAGAAUCACAUUUUUCCUUUACAAGUGUAGUCAAAAUUUACGUUUUAAAACUUAAAAUCUUACAAUUUUACGUUUCUAGCUCAUCAAAAUACUUCUAAGUAGAAUCUCACUUUUGACUGCAAUGCCAUGGCCCAUGUUGAUUGCCACUAGGAGGCUCGGGAAUCUGGGUAGACAUACCACCCAUGUUUCUGUUAAAAUCUUUGGACUGUAAUGCACUAACUCAAUAGUAAGCAAGUUGAUUGGGGCCGAUCAAGUGGCAAUUUGUCAAGCGAACUUGUAACUGGGCCCAUACCAUGGUAAAAUGCAGUUAAAAUCAUGUUUUAAAACUUAAAAGCUUACGUUUUUACCCUUUUAGGUUACCAAAAUGCUUCUACGUAGAAUCACACUUUUCCUUUGCAAGUGUAGUCAAAAUCUACGUUUUAAAACUUAAAAUCUUACAGUUUUACGCUUCUAGCUCACCAAAACGCUUAUUAGUAGAAUCUCACUUUUGACUGCAAUGCCAUGGUCCAUAUUGAUUGCCACUGGGUGGCUCGGGAAUCUGGGUAGACAUACCACCCAUGUUUCUGUUAAAAUCUUUGGACUGUAAUGCACUAACUUAAUAGUAAGCAUACAUAUGGUUUUAUAAAAAAUAAAAAAAAAAAUUCUAACCUCAAUACCAUCUUAUGGGAUUGCAGUAGGGAUGUCAAUGUGGCGGGCUUGCCUAAACCAACCCUAUCUCCAUUUCCAAAUACCAAAAAACUCAUACCCACCCCAUACCAAUGCGGUGGAGGGUUUUCCAAACUCAUCCCCAUAUCUGCGGUUUUCAAAUACCCAUGGGUAAUACCUGCCCAUCAAUUACUCACCAUUAAUAAAAGAAUAUGGUGACAAAUAUGAAUACUACCCGUCCAAAAAUAUGGAACUAAAACAUAAGAGAAUGAAAAUUACUACGAUUUGGUUGCAAUCAAUUACAUUUUAACACUUUAUUUGUUCCUUUUAUUUCCCUUCAUUCCAUUGACAAGUUACAAUAAAUUCCUUAUAUUUUAUUCAUAUAACAUAAUACCUUUAGUGGGACGGGUUCGGGUAUGAGUAUGCAGCGUGAGAGUCCAAAACCAUACCUGCCCCAUACCCAUCAAUUUUUUACGAGUUUUUCCCAUAUACGCCUCAUUACUCAAAAUGAGAAUUCUCUAUGUUGACUGGAUCGGAGGCAGUCGGGUACCCACGACCAUGAGUUUAGUUGUCAUGACUCAUCCCUGGAUCGCAGUAGCUUGAGUCCACUAAUAGAACCCAGGCUUAAGCUCCAUUAACGGUCCAUAUAAAAAACGAUUUCCUGCAAGUAGGCUCAGAACGCAUAAGGCCCAAAAUAAGUAUUUGGGGUCCAUCAUUUAGGCCUUUAGGGUUUACUCCAUCGUCGCGUGGUAUAUAUAAUCUUAAAUCUUAGCAGCCUCCCUCUUCCUAUUAGUUUUCUUCCUCCAACGGAGCAGAAGCAGCAGCCAGAGGAAGCUCAGCUCGGCGAACAAAAAAUGGUAAGCGCUUCUCAACUCCUCAAAUUAGCUGUCAUUACUGUUGAAUUCCUCUGUUUCGUGAGAAUGGUUAUUUAUCUUCCCCUGGCUUUCGAUUGUUCCUAUCCUGUGUUUCGGUUGGUAUUCGUAGCCGCUAGAUUUACAGACGAUAUCAGAGAACUACUCUAAUAGCUCAUUGUGACAUCAGAGUAUGAGUGUUAAAAAGGAUUAGGGUUAAGUUCAGAAUGAAACCCCAGACUCUAGUCAGGUGUCGAUCUUGAUGAUUCCGAUUGAUACUGUUACGAGACUGGCAAAUGAAGGUUGGCGCCCAUCGUUACAGAAUUAUCCCAUGGCAUGACCUGCCUGGAACUGAUAGCCUCUGUUACAUCUGGGUGCUAAAUAGUAUAUACUUUUUUCAAUACUUUCUAGUGUCAAGGGUUCACAUGAACUCCCCAGACUCCAGUCAGGUGUUGACCUUGAUGCAUUUUGGUUGAUACUGUUACGAGUCUGGAAGAUGGAGGUUGGCGCCCAUCGUUACAGAUCUAUCCCCAUGGCAUAACCUUCCUGGAUUUGAUAGCUUCUGUUACAUCUGGGUGCUAUAUGAUUGAUCUAAGUUCAGCUGUUGAACUUGAUUGACUGUUAGCUGUGUUUUGAGCUUGUUCCUUUGUUUGUUAUUCAUACGUUGUGUUUGUCUGGUGCAGUAAUAGUGGACAAUUCUUGGUAAUAUUUCACCAUUUAUUUUCUCGGUUUGAUAUUUACCGAUUUGCUUGUGUUGAACAGCCGAAGCAGAUUCAUGAGAUCAAGGACUUUCUCCUCACAGCUAGGAGGAAGGAUGCCCGUUCUGUGAAGAUCAAGAGGAGCAAAGACGUGGUGAAGUUCAAGGUCCGGUGCUCCAAGUACCUCUACACCCUGUGCGUUUUCGACAACGAGAAGGCUGACAAGUUGAAGCAGUCUCUUCCCCCGGGUAAUGAUGCUUUUCACCCCUGUGCUGUGGAUUCGAUAUAUCUCAUUGUUGUAUUCGUAUGUUUACUUAUGCAUGUGUUUCCCUGAAAACCCAUACUCUAAGUAGAGUUAUAUUGUUCCUACUAUCUGAGAAUUGAGUGCCCGAUGGAUAUAUAUAUAUAUUUUGAACUAGGUCUGAAUCAUGGUCUUUGUUUUUGUAUGUUUGUUACAGGUUUGAGCGUGCAAGACCUUUGAAGAAACUUUGGAUUGAAGG